CACAAGAGAGCAACAGGAAAAAAAAUACUCAACACACUUAGAGGCCUCUCUGUAAAAAAUGUUACACAGAUAUGUCCGAAUGCUCUUGACUGUAAAUUUUUUGAUAAGUGACUCAACACAAUGGGUGAGUUUGCACGGUGAGAAAACAGCGACUUAUACAAAAGCCACGUGCUUUAAGAUUCCAUACAACGUUUUUAAUGCGGCAAGUUGUUUCCAAAGAUGCCUGGGAACACUAAGAAUUCACUAUAUGUUCAGUUACAACAAACACCAAAGCACGUGCUUGUGUUGUGAAGAUUUGACCGGAAUAGACCUCGUCAGUCCACUGUGGACUUCUUUCGUUCCUGCUCCAUGCAAAGAUGGGUACGUUACAUAUAACUAUACAAAAACCCAGAUCUGUUUGAAGUAUGUGUCAACCUCUGCUUCCUAUCCGGAAGCUACAAAACAUUGUCAAGCGGAGGGAAGUGACGUCAUCAGACUCGACAGCAAACUGAAAUACGAUAUCCUCACGGAUAUUUUAGUUCCUAUUGCAAACGGUUCUAAAAUUAAUGUGUGGAUCCAAGGAACGAAAGUAGGGGAGGAGUGGUUCUUCAAUGACGGGGCCCAAAUGUCGACCGAUUUCAAUGCGAUAUGUCCGCUCAUUUUGAGUAGCACCAUCAGUGAAAUACAUCUUCGAGCACAUGGAUCCACAACAUUUUCCUGUUUGGACAUGAUUCCAUCUGUGGAAUAUAGUUUCAUGUGCGAACAUUAUCGCCAGUUUACUAUAUACUGAUAAAGUAUAAAAUACAAAUAUGAAAAAUUAAUGUCGUUUCAAACAUUUGUUUAAGAGUGGUUUUGUGUUUAUAAACUCUUGUGUAAUUAAAUGAUUUCAGGUAUAGAUUUUUUUGACUUUGUUAAAACUACAACAUAUAUUGCCGUAUGGU